GAGGAGGCGCCAGGGCCCUGGGAGCAGGAGCGCCCCUGGAAGGGUACCCCCAGGUCCGGAGCAGACCCUGAUGGUUCUGGGGGGCGGGGACCUCAGGAGCCCCCCAGGUCCACCAGGGAGGAGGAGGAGGAAGAAGAGGAGGAGGAGGAGGAAGGGAGCUGCUGCAGCGAGGAGGGGGAAGACAGCAGCAACGUCUACCUGUACUACACGCUGGGAGAGCGCUGGAUCGACUACCUGCAGCGCACGGGGGACAGGGGGCUGCUGCGGCACCUGCGCCCCAAGAUGAAGCGGAAGUCAGAGAAUGGGCCGGAUGGCCGGGCCCUGUCCCCUGGGAAGAAGCUGUGCAAGGGCUCUGACUAUGGCAGGACGCUGGGUCCCUGCACACCCAGCCCCACGACCACCUUUGGCGACCUGCGCAAUGCCAAGGUGGGGCAGGCCCGCGCUGGAGUGGCCCUGAGAAGCUGCUGGCCCUGGAUGAGCUCAUUGACCGCUGCGAGCCGGCGCAGAUCAAGUACAUGAUGCAGAUCAUCGAGCCCCAGUUCCAGCGGGACUUCAUCUCCCUGCUGCCCAAGGAGCUGGCCCUGUACGUGCUGUCUUUCUUGGAGCCACGGGACCUGCUCCGUGCCGCCCAGACGUGCCGCUACUGGAGGGUGCUGGCCGAGGACAACCUGCUCUGGAGGGAGAAGUGCCGUGAGGAGGGGAUCGAGGAGCCCCUGCACCUGCGGAAGCGGCGCCUGCUCAGCCCCGGCUUCAUGUACAGCCCCUGGAAAUUCGCCUUCCUGCGCCAGCACCGCAUCGACAUGAACUGGCGCAGCGGGGAGCUGCGGCCCCCCAAGGUGCUGAAGGGCCACGAUGACCAUGUGAUCACCUGCCUGCAGUUCUGUGGGAAUCGCAUAGUGAGUGGCUCUGAUGACAACACGCUCAAAGUGUGGUCAGCUGUCACAGGGGAGUGCGUGCAGACGCUGGUGGGCCACACUGGGGGGGUUUGGUCCUCCCAGAUGAGGGACAGCAUUGUCAUCAGUGGCUCCACGGACCGCACGCUGAAGGUGUGGAACGCGGACAGCGGCGAGUGCGUGCACACGCUGUACGGGCACACCUCCACCGUGCGCUGCAUGCACCUGCACG